UGCCCGCGGAGCCCACGGCGGUGCCCGGCUUCGGCAAGUCGCUCGUCCGGGUCGGCAGUACGGGCUAGUUUCCCCGGCCGCAGCCCCCUCCGGCCGUCAGCGGCGGUGCCCGCCGGCUCCGCGGCGCCCAUGGCGGCGGAGACUCAGCCCAAAGCGCUGACUCGCAAACCCCUCCUGCUCAACAAAGUGGAGGGCUCGCAGGACGUGGUGAACAUGGCAGCGAUAGUGCCCAAGGAGGACGGGGUCAUCAGCGUCUCCGAGGACAGGACAGUUCGUGUCUGGCUGAAGAGAGACAGUGGGCAGUACUGGCCGAGCGUAUACCAUGCGAUGCCAUCUCCAUGUUCAUGCAUGUCUUUUAACCCGGAAACCAGAAGGCUGUCCAUAGGUCUAGACAAUGGUACAAUCUCAAUUCUAACUGUUGCUGUCUCUGCCUUAAGGGCUUUAUACCUGAGUGGGUGUCCACAUGUUGACAAAAGGACAGCUUUCUGCACUAAAGCCAAGGAGUUCAUUUUGUCAGAAGAUUACAACAAGAUGACACUAGUGAAAAGUUACCAAGCUCAUCAAAGCAGGGUCAUUAUGAUUCUAUUUGUCCUGGAGAUGGAGUGGGUGCUAAGCACUGGACAAGACAAGCACUUCACAUGGCACUGUUCAGAGAGUGGCCAGCGGCUGGGAGGUUACCGCACCAGUGCAGGUGCCUGUGGCCUUCAAUUUGAUGUGGAAACCCGGCACGUGUUUGUUGGUGAUCAUUCUGGACAAGUCACCAUACUCAAACUAGAGCAGGAGUCCUGCAGCCUUGUUACAACAUUUAAGGGACACACAGGUGGUGUCACUGCUCUCUGUUGGGACCCAAUACAGCGAGUUUUGUUCUCAGGCAGUUCUGAUCAUUCCAUUAUAAUGUGGGAUAUUGGAGGAAGAAAAGGAACAGCCAUUGAGCUGCAAGGACAUAAUGAUAAAGUUCAGUCUCUCUCCUAUGCUCACCACACUCGACAGCUCAUCUCCUGUGGUGCAGAUGGGGGAAUUGUCGUCUGGAACAUGGAUGUUGAGAGGCAGGAGACCCCCGAGUGGCUGGAUAGCGACUCCUGUCAAAAGUGUGACCAGCCUUUCUUCUGGAACUUCAAGCAAAUGUGGGACAGUAAGAAAAUAGGCCUCAGGCAGCAUCACUGCAGGAAGUGUGGGAAAGCCGUGUGCGGCAAAUGCAGCUCCAAGCGCUCCUCCAUCCCGCUGAUGGGGUUCGAGUUUGAAGUGAGGGUCUGUGAUAGCUGUCAUGAGUCUAUAACAGAUGAAGAGCGAGCACCCACAGCCACUUUCCACGACAGUAAGCACAACAUUGUUCACGUACACUUUGAUGCCACCAGGGGAUGGCUGUUGACCUCAGGGACAGACAAAGUUAUUAAGCUGUGGGAUAUGACACCAGUAGUGUCCUGAUGGUACACCAGUGGAACUUGAAAGGUGGCAUUUACAGAAGAAAAAGAUUUUCUAACCCUAAUCAUACUGCAGAAUAUAGGUACUGCUGGGCACAUCCAGCAGAUGGGGAAGGAACUAAUGCGUUUACAAUGAUUUUGCAUCCUCUGCUUGAUCAAGGCUGACCAUUUGCACGAAGACUCUUUCCACUUAUUCUCAGAAUAUACAAGAAGGUAUUUUUUUACCUAACAGUUUGUACAAUCUGACUUUGGUUGUCUUGAGUUUGUUUGGAAAAUCUGUGUGGUGCAAUUUCUAGGUUUUCUAUUUCACUAAGUCAAGAUACUUGCUGCUCUGUACAGAGGGUUCUUUGGCAGUGUCUUGCCAUGUUGGGAUCAACAUACUGUGUACGGCACUUGGCUCUCCCUGCAGGAUGUACCUUUUGAUUUGGGACACUUCUGCUGACAGUGCUCUCUUCACUGGAAGAACUCCAGGCACAUCGUUGCACCUUCUCUGGGUGCAGCACCGAGGAGCUGAUGGACUAUUGCAAUACCUAAAAGGGCUCUACCAUCUACUUGUCUUAGCGGACAUCAUCCAGAGAGUGUUUUAUUGGAUUGCAGUAGCUAAAAUCCAACCUCCUGCCUCUUUCCUUCCUGCAUAAGUUGCAAAACCAGGGGGACAGGUUGCUUAGCAACUGAUUUCUAUGAAAGCUGAAAUAGCUUUCUAGCUGAGAGAAUUACAGGGAGCACACAGACCUGUUUGAGUUUGAUGAGGCUGACAGGCUGAUUUAAAUUAAACUACUGGCAACAGGAACUUCCAGGAGUGUGUGCAUGGGGCGGGGAGGGAGGCAAGGCAGACCCAAAGCUGGUCUGGGUUUGAAACGUUUGGUUUACCUCUACCUCUGCCUUGCACAGCAACAUUUCAACAUUUGUACCUGUCUGUAUUGAGAAUGGAAUUGUUUUUCCUGCUUUCCAUAUAGCUAGUCAUAUUUAUUUUUUGAAAUGCUGAUGGUCUUUAUUAAUUUCUUCUAUGGACCAGAAACUGAUAUUACUGAAUGAUGCCCACUGUCCUGGUGUCAUAUUUUACGAUUUCUUUUAAAAAUAAAAAGUGUUUAAAACCCUG